AUGUGUUUACGACGGAACCAAACCGGUGAAACAGAACUAAACGAGACUGAACAAACAGGAAAAAACUGCUAUGAAAGUGGCGACGAAAGCUGUUACACACCUCAUUUUAGCGCCGAAGUUGACCUUAUUGGGAUUUUCUUGGCUUUCCUUAUUGUUGUCUUAAACACUAUGGUUUUCAUCCUUGUGGCAAAAAAGCGGUCAUUAAGGACAACAACUAAUAAUUUCCUGAUAGGCCUGGCAGCCAGUGAUCUCCUAGAAGGCCUCAUCGGCCUACCUCUAGUUAUCACAUGUAACAUUUUUAUGGAGCACGGAGUUUGUUUUUCCACUAUUUACGUGUGGAUGUUUACCUCCUUUCUGACCAUGUCGCAUAUCAUGGCUGUUACUGCUGAUCGCUUCAUAGCUAUCAUGUUUGCUCUGCAAAUAUCCUCAGAUCAUUACCAAGCGUCGUAGCCUGAGUAUCAGGCCUUCCUAAGGGUCUAGGGAAGAGGAGAUUUUUUUCGCUUCCAUCUCUCCCCUUUCCCCCCAGAAACGCCUGAUACUCAGGCUACAAGCGUCGCUGCUAUGUCACUCUGGGGUUUGUCUGGACCUUCUCAUUCCUGUUGUCACUGCUUCAGUUAUGGUGGAUACAGCCUACAGACUACGAUCGCAACGAGAGUAUUCCUGA